AUGUAUCCAAAAAUGCUUAAUUUCCAGACGGUGAUCCAGGAAUCGUAUACCAUGACGUUGGCAAGACGUUCAUUCUUGCCCAUGAUUGUAACCAAGGGCCUGGACCAGACGUCGAUAUCAUCGCGUUUUGAAAUCAGAAACGACCCGUCUGUGGUCCGGAACUACGGUUCGCUUCUCAUAGAAUUUUCCAAAAUCACCCCUGAUGGUAUGGUGGUCUUCUUCCCCUCCUACUUAUAUAUGGAGUCGAUUAUUUCCAUGUGGCAGACCAUGGGUGUUUUAGAUGAGGUUUGGAAGUACAAGUUGAUUCUUGUUGAAACCCCCGAUGCACAGGAAACAGCGUUGGCAUUGGAAACUUACAGAAAAGCAUGUUCAAACGGCAGGGGUGCCGUUCUUCUCUCUGUUGCGCGUGGAAAAGUUUCAGAGGGAAUCGAUUUCGACCAUCAUUACGGGCGGACUGUGCUCAUGAUUGGAAUUCCGUUCCAGUAUACUGAAUCGAGAAUUUUGAAAGCACGACUUGAAUUUUUACGUGACCAUUACCAGAUCAAAGAGAACGAUUUUCUUUCUUUCGAUGCCAUGCGACAUGCGGCGCAAUGUUUGGGUCGGGUCUUGCGUGGAAAGGACGACUACGGUAUCAUGGUUUUGGCCGAUCGGCGAUUCAAAAACAAGAAAAACCAGCUUCCUAAGUGGAUUGCGCAGGCACUUCUCGAGUCGGACCUUAAUUUAUCUACAGAUAUGGCGUUGGCUGCGGCAAAGAAAUUUUUACGUACUCUAGCACAACCGUCAAAUCCAAAGGACCAGGAAGGUGUAUCUGUGUGGAAUUUGGAGCAGCUUGAAAGCUUCCAAAGACAGCAGAAACAGCAGAAGCAACAGAAGAUUGAAGAAGGGCCAGAAGAGGCAGAGGAGGAUGACUUUAUGGAUCUCGACGACGCAGAUCUCGAUCUUUUAUAA